CUAGAACUCAGUCAGUGAGGACAGUUGGCACAUAAUUCCCUCCCACUCCUCCCAUCUGACAGAGAGAGAUUACUUGUGACUGUCUCUGUCCAGCUUGAUAAGACCAUUUGACAAGGCAGCGGAAUUCCCCUUUUUGUACAGUGAUAAUAUGCUCAGAUCAGGCUGAAAGACCCAUGAACUGUACCACCUGAAGACAGAGAAUAAUCUAUGGACUAAAGGCCAUGUAGCCUCAGUGGAGGCUGCUGAGGGAAGGACAUCUGAAGACAGAGACUAAUCUAUGGACUAAAGGCCAUGUAGCCUCAGAGGAGGCUGCUGAGGGGAGGACAGCUCAUAAUAAUGGCUGGAAUGGAGCAAACGGAAUGGCAUCAAACACAUGGAAACCAUGGUGUUGAUGUAUUUGCUAACAUUCCAACUAUUCCUCUCCAGCCAUUACCACGAGCCCGUUCUCCCCAAUUAAGGUGCCACGAACCAACCUCAUGUGAUAGGAAUGUAGCUUAGAAGGAAAUGAUAUAAUCCAUACCAGAGGAUAAUGACCUAGCAUUCAGUCAUCUCUGCAGUAGCUCUAUACUCAGAGGACACCACAUCCAAGACCAUGUUUUCUCAGGAUCAAGGUUGGACACACAUUGAGUGAUUAGUUAUGUAACCUCACUGAAGGGGAUAAAUGUAAACAUUGUCCAGUUGUUUUUACUAUACUGUGAUCCUAUGUGGAAAGUGGAAUAGUCUAGAGGACGUGUCAAACACAUCCCAAGGUGGGCUGAGUGUCUGCAGUGUUUCCCCUGCUCCCUUGUACUUGAUCAACGAAUUAAGGCCACUAAUGAGUAAAUAACUCCACUCGCUGGUUGUUUAGGUCUAAAUUGAAAGGAAAAAAACUAAAACCUGCAGACACUAGAGCCUCCAUGGAAGGAGUUUGACACCGCUGAGCUGGAGGAUAGAGAUCCUAUUUAGGAGAGAAAGCAAAUCAUCGUUGAAAAACAGUACUAUUAAUAUGUGUUUAUUUAUUCAAUGAAUAAAAAUGGAUUCAACAGUAAGUCUACCUCAUAGGACGUUAUUCAAAUGUGCGUUUGAUAUAAAGAACAUGCACACACCAACAUGCCAAAACUUGUGCCUGCCAGAAGAACAUCCUGUCUAGUAGGCGCGUGCGUUUUGUUUUUCCACUUCGUCUGUGCGUUGUCGACCGCUGUCAAUCAACGCAGGGGAAUGCGGCGGAAGUGCGCCACACAAACAUAUGUCCCAUGACUGCGCGUCGUAGGUGGUGGGGGGUUUGCACUGGGUCUUUUCUGAAGGUGGGCGGUUUUCCCAACAGUGUGACUGCAAUCACCGGCUGAUUCACUCCUAAGCUUCCCAUCUCACCGACCAUGAAGAUCUGGACAUCGGAACACAUUUUCAACCAUCCUUGGGAGACAGUCACCAAGGCUGCGAUGCAGAAGUACCCCAACCCCAUGAACCCCAGUGUGUUUGGGGUGGAUGUGUUGGACCGUAGUGUGGACACACGGGGACGCCUGCACAGCAACAGGCUGCUGAGCGCUGAGUGGGGCCUGCCUUCCAUCGUCAAGUCGAUCAUUGGCAGAACACAGACGUGCACAUACAUUCAGGAGCAUUCUGUAGUGGACCCCAUUGAAAAGACAUUCGAGCUUCAGUCUUCAAACAUCACAUUCACUAACAUGGUGUCAGUGGAUGAGAAGCUUACAUACAGACCACAUCCUGAUGACGCAGAGAAGACGAUAUUGACUCAAGAAGCUCUCAUCUCAGUCAAAGGGGUUAGUCUGAGUAGCUACCUGGAGGGAGUUAUGGCUAGCACCAUCUCUGCAAACGCAGGCAAGGGUCGUGAGGCGAUGGAGUGGGUGAUCAGGAAGCUAAAUGCAGAGAUCGAAGAGCUGGCAGCCGCCGCCCGCGGCACCAUAAGGCCUCCCAUGGCUGCUGCUAUGACUUCAGAGAAAUGAUACCUCUAAGUUCCCAGCGACCAGCCUGGGGACAUUGUUCUUCUCCUGCGUCAGAACAGACUCCACCUCCCUUUAGACUGGUCUGAUUCUCAUCAACUGGACAGGAAUCAGAUCUACAAGUUUGAUUACAAUUCAAGUACUGUAUUUAUUGUUAUUAUUUAAGUACUAACUGAAAUGAAGGGAACAACGGUAAUCCUAGUAUAUAUAUAUAUAUAUAUAUUUUUAAACAUUUUAUAGGCGAGGAGCAUCUCAAAUGCCGUGUCUGUUGGAGUAGAAUCUAAAUAUUCUCAGUUGCUCUGUGCCCAAGUUUGAGACUAGAGCAGGUCAUAUUAUCAGCAUGCAGUAGUACUAUAGCCUCAGGGACCGUGUCAAAUAUAGAGGACGGUUCAGCGAGUAACAACUUGGUUCUGCACCGAUCUUGUUGGACUGUGCUAGCCUGGUGCCAGAGUUGGCAAGAGAGCACAAACCGAUCUGGGACCAGGCUAAGACCGUAUCAGAGGUUAUUGAAUAAAUCCUGGGGAUGCAAUCACCUAUAACAGACAGAACAAGAACAGUUUCAACAUGCUGAAUUUUAAUACCAUCUUCCCUGCGCAAAGCUGCACCUAAAUUAAGAGUGGUAAGGCGUGGUUGGGGUUUUUCAUACUUGACAGUGACAUAUAUUUAUUGAGUGAAAUCACUAACAAGGGGGGGGGGGGAGUCAAAUGUGACUUUGGGAAGAAUUAACAGAUAAGAAACUUCACGAAAUUUUACUAAUGAAUUGUUCUUCGGUGACCCUCUGCCAGCACAAAAUGUCUGUGUUCUCAGUGUUAUGACCCCAACAAUGAAUGCAUUUUCUAACACACAUACUGUACAGAAGAGAGGGGUCAUGCUCCGGGCCCUCCAGUAAUAUUCUGUAUUCUCUCCCAAGAGUGAAACUAAGUAUUUCAAUAAUAUAAAAGAAGUGUUUUUGGUUAAAUGUUCUGUACUGCUAUAGCCUCCAGUAUGUUAUGGAAAUGUCUGCUAUGUUUGACGUAUGGAGAGAAUAUAUUAUUUAUUUGAUGUAAUAUAGAGAGAUGAAUGUGUUUUUAAUUUGGUUGUAAACAAUGGUACUUGUUGUCAAUGGUACUUACAGCCUGGGAUGUCCAGUAUAUAUUCUAGAUCAUAACGCUGAGGAGAUCAAAUGUCUCUGCUACCAACUCUAAGGGACGGUUUCCUGUACGCAGAUCAAGCUUAACACUGGACUAUUGAUAUGUUGUGUUUUUAAUCCAGGACUAGGUGUAAUCUGUGCAAACCUGACCAGAAUGUUUUAUCUUGAGUCUAUGGCGAAAACUUGUGUUGUCAAGGAAAGAAAGAUGCUACAGUCAGUACGUGUGAUGUAUGCAUUCCAAAAACCAUGCCAGUUUGCAUUCUCAAUACAAUUGUGUUAUGUUGCCAGAGUCCAGUUCUAAUAUGCUUUAAAAGUGGUAAUGUCAAAUAUUCCUGGUUUGUUAAUGAACGUUCUGUUCUGACAUGACCUGAUGUUAGAACAAAGGGACAUGUUGAUCGUUCUAACAUGUAAGGAGGAAUUUUGUAGGUGUUUUUAAAAUAUAUAUUUUAUUUUUUUACCCAUAUUUAGAAUAAAAGAACUUAACUCUACACCUGCACAACAAUAAAACUCAGUUGGUGCUGAAGUCAUAAUGGAUUCAAAUGCUUCUGUAAACUCCAAGUUCCAAAUGGUCAAACAGAAAUGGAGACCAGGCAUGUUGGUUUACGUGAAAGAAAUAAAGUCCUCUAAAAUAUG